AUGGUCUCCUCUGCUGGUCCUGAGAGAAGAUCACCUUACUCUGCAACACCUUAUCCACCAGGACAAGAGUUGGUCUGCAAAGCACUGUGCCAAUUUCCCUCUAUCUACCAUGCUCAGCGUAAAUGUCAUGAACAUGCAGGGCAGCUUCAGACUGAAAACACUUGCCUAGGUGUACAACAGUUGUUUAAGAAAUCCCUGUUAUUGUCUUUUUCAGGGCAAACCACAAGCAGCAUUCAGGUUCUUCCUCAGUCCUACUGGUACGAACUUCUCUAUGGCAGUGUGAUUCUUAUUUUCUGCCUCCUUGUGUGCUUAGUUGGAGCUGACAUCUAUGCAAAAGCCUCCUUCAUAAUUUUCCUCAUUGUUAUUCUGGUACUUGGCACAAUAUUCAUCAGCUUUUUUGCAGUGUCACCAAAAUCUAUUAACAUCACAACGUCCUUGGGGAACAUCUCAGAGGCUUCAUUCACUGGAUUUAAGCUGUCAACUCUGAAGAGUAAUCUUCCAUCUCAAUAUGUAGAAGACUACACAACUGGAAAGGUGAUGAGUUUUGCUGCUGUCUUUGCAGUAAUGUUCAAUGGGUGCACUGGUAUCAUGGCUGGAUCCAACAUGUCAGGUGAUUUAAAGAACCCCAGCUAUUCUAUUCCCCGAGGCACUAUUACAGCAGUAAUUUUUACAUACAUCGUAUAUAAUAUUUUAUCGCUCAUGAUCAGCUGCACUUGUGAGAGAUUGCUGCUUCAAAAAGAUUAUGAUUUCCUCAAAGACAUUAAUAUCUGGCAUCCCUUUGUCAUCAUUGGAAUCUACUCUUCAACUUUAUCAGCUGCGAUGAGCAAUCUGAUUGGAGCUUCUAGAAUUCUCUAUGCACUCGCGAAGGACGAUAUAUUUGGAAAGCUUCUCAUGCCUGCAAAGAGAACUUCUCGUGGUGGAAACCCUUGGGCUGCUGUGUUAAUUUCGUGGGUGUCAGUACAGCUUGUGUUGUUCACUGGCAAAUUGAAUACUAUUGCUGGGAUAGUGACCAUCUUUUUUCUCUUGGUCUAUGCUGCUGUGGAUCUAGCCUGUCUGGCAUUGGAGUGGGCUUCUGCACCAAAUUUCAGGCCAACCUUUCGCUACUUCACCUGGCAUACUUGUGUGUUAGGCAUCAUUGGCUGUGCGAUUAUGAUGUUCCUGAUUAGCCCAAUAUAUGCGUCAUGCAGUGUUGCAUUCAUGCUGAUACUGUUGCUGGUUCUUCACUAUGUAUCACCUUCAAGCAGCUGGGGUUACAUCAGCCAAGCUCUGAUCUUCCACCAGGUUAGAAAGUAUCUUCUGAUGCUAGAUGUUCGUAAAGAUCAUGUCAAAUUCUGGCGCCCACAAAUUCUGCUGAUGGUAGCCAAUCCCAGAACAUGUACUCAAUUGAUAAGUUUCACAAAUGACCUAAAGAAGAGUGGACUGUAUGUGCUGGGUCAUGUACAGAAAGGAAAUUUGGAUGAGAUGCCUUCUGACCCUCUUCAAGCACAAUAUGAUUCCUGGCUAAGUUUAGUUGAUGCACUGAAUGUAAAAUCAUUUGUCAGCCUUACGCUCUCUGACUCAGUACGUCAUGGAGUUCAACAUCUUUUAUUCAUCUCUGGUCUAGGUGGAAUGAGACCCAAUACUCUUAUCCUGGGUUUUUAUGAUGACUGUGUUCCUGAGGAUGGUUUGGAACAAAUUCCAGCAUUUUCAUGUAAUAGCCCUUCUAUCACAAACGGACAAGAUUGCAACUUGCAGCCUAACUUUCCACCAGCCAGAGAUGCUUCGUCAUCAAAGGCACUGUCAGGCAAAGAGUAUGUGGCCAUUAUUUCUGAUUCCAUCAAAAUGUUAAAAAAUGUUUGUUUAGCCCGAUACUUCUGCCAGCUAAACAAAGCAGAACUGUUUGGUCACAAGAAUAAUGAGGUCUCCAUUGAUGUGUGGCCACUCAAUCCACUUCGCCCUGACAGUGCUAAUUAUGUUGAUACUUGCAGCCUAUUUCUAUUACAAAUGGCAUGCAUUCUGAACAUGGUGCGCUCCUGGAGGUCAGCCAAACUGCGUAUUUUUCUGUGUGUUGAAUCUGGAAACAGUUCUGGGGAGCAGGAAAAAAAACUAAAACAACUUUUAAAACAGCUGCGUAUCAAAGGUUCGAUUAAAACUCUGCAUUGGGAUAGCGUUACUGCCCUUCACUGGCACAAACAGAUAGUUCAUGAAGAUGGCCGUGAGGGUAGUUUUGCAAAUAACUUCCCAUCAAAUGCAAUGAAAAUCUCUGAUGACUAUUUGAUGGCAGUAAACAGGAUGAUUUUAGAGCAAGGUGCCCAUCCAGCUAUCCGAUUUCUGUAUCUGCCACGACCUCCUGCUAAUACUGCACUGCAUGAAAGAUAUCUGGAGCAGCUUGACAUAAUGACCAAAAACCUAGGUCCUACUCUGUUAAUUCACGGAAUUAGUGCAGUCACCAGUAUAGAUCUUUAGAUUGAUUGAGUGCGGACGUUAAGAACACUAACGUAUGUUGUAGUUACGUUGUUCAUAAAGAGGUAUGCAGGAAAUGUUUGUUACAAUGAAAACAGCCAAUUUUUACCACAGACCACACUUGAACAAAAGCAUUAAGCUAUGAUGCUUAUGUUCAGCUUUUGGUGCAAUGUUUCUUUUUCCCUUAUUUUUAUCAUUAUUCUCAAUAUAAGGCAAAGAUGUUGAGUUGUUGCUCUAUCCAUCUGCCUUGUUUUAAACUUUCACAGGAUGUCAAUGUGUCAGCAAGGUGAGCAUUUGUUGGCCUUCCUCAAUUGCUCCUUGCUACACCAUUUCCGAGGGCAUUUGAGGGUCAAUCACAUUAUUGUGGGCUUGAAGUUACAUGGAGAACAGACAAUGUAAAGAUUGCAGAUUUCUUUCCCUAAAGGACAUUAGUGAGCCAGUUAUUUUUAAAAAAACAAUUGACAAUAAUUUCAUGGUUACCAUUACUGUGACUAACUUUUGGUUCUAGAUUUAUUAAUUGAAUUCAAAUUCCACCAGACAGCAUGAUGGGAUAAGCACCCAUGUCCUCAGACCUGAAUAGAUUGAGACCAGCAAAUUUACCACGACACAACCACUUCCCCUGUAAACUUGUCAUCAAAGUAAUGCUUCACCAGAUUUGAGGAGCCUUUGAAGCAUUGAAUUUUUGUGAAAAUGGGCACUUGGAACUGUCAGUACAUCUGAGUUAUGAAGAAAUGGUUCUGUUCCACCUCCUGAAUAUGCAGCAAAAGAAAAAUCAGCAGCUUUUAUUCAGUUUUCUCAAGUGCAUGGCCUCAAAUGUUGGGUUCAAAUAUAGACCAUUCCCCUCCUAUAAAUGUGUGAUCUUGUUAACGAUAAUCUGAAAUAAUUAGUUGGGUUUGGUUUUUGCUCCAUUUACAGGUAACUUGCUGCACUCUGACAGGAUGUAUAAUAGAAAUCAUGAUGUGAACAUUUUAUGAUCUGAGAAAUGUUAAGUUUAUUAUUUGGAAAAUGGAUAAAUAUUUGGUAUGUAUUCAAAGCACAUGUUUAACUGUGUAAACAAAUAGUGCUCACUUUAAGGAUGAUGUCUGUUUGUUUCUAUUUUAAUGGUAUUUUAUAUGCUUAUGGCAAAAAUAUAACAUUUUGAUUACGUAUGACUUUUUUGUAUGAUAGUUCCAUGACAAGCCUCUCAAAAGAGAAGUUACACAUUUAAUUGGUUUUCUUAAAAGCUGUGGCUGGAUUGAAUGUUAGUGAGUUAGGGUUCUCAAAAUCUACGGCACUUCCUUGGGGUGGGCCCGGCCAAAUUAAAUGCCUGUCAGGAUACCACACCCCCAGAGAGCCAUUACACAAUCGGAUGCCAGCAGCUUUUCGAUGUGAGCAAUACCACCGGGAGCAGGGAUUUCACUACCGGUUAUUGUCGAAUUUCUGGACUUUAGUAAGUAAAGUCAGGAUUAGAGUCAUUGGCGGGGGAGACCUAGGAGCUUGGAGGUAAGGAAUGGUUUCCAGCAUGACCUAUCUACUGAUACUUGGUGCCUAACACAAAGGGAUCUGUUAAUAAGCCAUUGGCUAACCUGCCGAAGUUUGCUAGGGUGUCAAUCAGAAGGCACAGGAAAGGCGUGUCCCUCAUUAAGCCCCGACCCACUAUGGAAGAGUUUCUCAAUUCAACCCCUUUCUGCAUCCAAUUUAGUUGGCUUUCCUGCUGCUGAGAGAGUAACACACAGUUUAUACAGCCAAUUGUGGACCAAGCUGUGACAGGCUGCAUCCAAUACCAUUCCUAGUUUUACUGGUUAUGUAUUGUCAAAACAAUAGAUUUACAUGCAUCACAGUGGCGUUUGUGAUUGUAGUUCAUUUAAAAUAACUUUUAAAGUCAUUUCUACUGAGAGAUUAUAAAUGAGGAUGUUGAAGAUGCCAUGGAGCUUUGGGAGCGUAUAUAGAAUUUUAAUUCAUGUACCUGGUAAUUUGUAUGUAUUUCACCUUGCAGACAUUAACAGAACCCGUUUCCUGAUUCAGAAUGAAGUCACCACCGGCUUCUCAAAAUGUAAAGUUGCAAAUUAAUCAAUAUUAGAAUACAAACACCAAUUGACCUGAGCUAGUCUGCUGAUGCUCUAGGCCACAUAUGGCUAACUGAUUAUAAUUUUCCUAAGAGCUAACCUGAACCAGGUUCGAGCUACAAACCGAGCCUGAUUGUAAAAGGAACAAACGCUAAAAAAAAUUGUGAUUUGCUUUUAAUUGUUCACAGGAGGAAAUCGAUUGUUACAAAUGGCACCAUGUUUCUGAAGAUUGGAGCACUGUGUGUUACAUGGCUAAUGUGUUACUACGUCAAUGCUUCAACUGGCUUUUGACAAAUUGUAUCUCAGCAGAGUUGGUGUGUGAGGCAGUUAGAAAAGUCAGCAAAAGAAUUUCUUGUAUUAAUGAAUAAACUAAAGCUGUAAUGAUGUAACAAGCAAAACCAGAAAUUGCUGAAGAAACUUAGCAGGUCUGACAGCAUCUGUAGAGAGAGAGAAACAGAGUUAAUUUUUUGAGCCCUCUGACCCUUCUUCAGCAGUUCUGAGAAGGGUCACUGAAUUGAAAACAUUAACUAUUUUGUCUCCUCAGAUGUUUCUCGACCUGCUGAGUUUUUCCAGCUUUUUGUGUUUUUGUUUGUAUCAGAUCUCCAGUGUCUGCAGCUCUUUAGUUUAUUUAGAGGUUGUAGCACAGUCCGAUUAUACCACUUAAAUACAUCUGUCUGGUUACGGUGGCGUUCAUCUCUCAAAAUGGUGUUUUCAAGUCAAAGUCUGAAAGUUUGUACAGUGAAAUUAUUGCCUAAAAGAUUACAAUUCAAGACUAAAUACCAGCAGAAUUAUUAUUUGUUCCAAUAAUUCACAAUUCCAGUGUGAAUGUAUCCAGCUUGGAUGGAAAAGUGCCUGGAUUGGCCAAAUUUCUCUUGAUAGAAAUAAUUGUUUUAGGUCAAACAGAAAUGUCAUAGAAAGACUUCUCAGGUGGUUGCUGUUGCUUCAGUAGUGCACGUGAGCUGUUCUUAAACUGCUUUUGUUUUUAAUUAAAGUAUAAGUGGGGAGAUGGUGUUGGUGACAUGGAAUAACAAAAGGACAGUAAAUAAUGAGCAAUGGGCAUUAUUGUAUAUUUACCACUGAUACUAGUCAUAGGUUACCUAAAUGUAGAAAUCAUUCCAAUCAACAUAGCAUGAACAAAAUUUACAAAGAUAAUAAAAUGUAAAUAUCCGCCCUUUGUAUUUUAUUGGUUUGAUUGUAAGUACUUGCAAUUAAUAUGAAUAAUUUGAAAAACUCUAUGGUACAUGGUACAUUUUUGGGUGAGUGCAUCAGCAGAACUAUUUUCAGGCCUGGAUGCAGCUUGGUUACAAGCGUCCACUGUAUUAUAUAAAUAGCAUGAAGGAUGGUGGUUCAAAAUAGGAAGAAAAAAAAUUGAAGGGGCAGAAAGUUUAUGUUUAUAACAAACAGAAUUGCUGAAAGGGAUCAGCAGCUCUGACAAGCUUUUGUGGACAGAAGUCGUACUCAGUGACCAUUCCUCAGAACUGAUGGUAGCUAGGAAAAAAAAUGUUAUGUUUGUAUUUGUUUUAAGAAAGAAAACA